AGAUUUAUUAAUAUACAUAAACAUACUAAUUUAUGUUUUGGUUUAUCUAUAAAUACAUCAAAAUGAUUAAUGUAGUUAAGAAAUAUUAACUGAAAUAUAUGUUGUAUAACAUAUUAUUUUGAUUGUUUUAAUAACCAAUCACAAUAUAAGCAAACAAAAAAUUAUAGACAAUUAAAAAUUGUCUAUUUAUCAUAAAUGUUAUAUACUAUAAAUCGAACAAACAUCCAGGAUUCAUGUUUGUGCAACCAUUACAUUAUUAUGUUUGUGAAGAAUUUUAUAUGUCUAUUCUAUUAAGAAAACACAUGUGCGGAUGUACGGGUUAAGCUCUAGUUUAAACAUUAAAACAAUAAACGACAAAAUAUUUAAUCAUAAGUGUAAUGUGUAACUGUAAGGACUAAAAUGCAAAUAAAAAUACGAAACUUCAAAUUUGAUGUUUUGAGUAGUGGCACUUCAAAUAUGAAGUCUUACUGUUCAAAAGUUUAAAUUUGAAGUUUUGGAGUUUUUUUAGAAUAAAACACUUCAACUUUGAAGUUAUACUAUGUUUUUUUUCUGAUUGAUGACUUAUUCCUUUGAGGAGACUAAUUGUUUGUUGGUUUAUAGAUAUCCUAAAGGUCACCACGUUCAUGUGAUGAGGAAGGCCAGUUGCAAUAUUGAACAUGUUAUACUUUUGUUUCUGCUCUUUAACAUAUCUUAUUAUGGCACGAUCAGUAAGUCAUGUUUAGACUUUUUCUUCGACGUGUUAUAUAUGCUUUGGUUUCUUGGCUUUAAAUAUGUCCAAGUGUUCGUUUCUAUCGUAUGAUUUUGGAUAAAGACAUACAAGCCAAAGACUUUUUCCUCCAUUGAAAAGUAGCGGGUAAAUCAAUCAGUCUUAUGGUUAGUAAAUUAGUAGUUAGUGCUACUAGCCUAGUAGUAUUAUAGACAAAUGGGUAUAAGCAUGUAUGAUCUUACAAACCCUCACAAUCAUUUCCUUCUUGUUUUUUAAACUCCUCACCAUCAUUUCCAAAACCAAAAUCCAAGAGCUUUUCUUCAUUUUUCUUAUUUUCUUCUUUGUAAACGAUGGGUUGGCUUUCGUUUUUGAAUCUUCUAAAGGAAGUUGUGGGUAUGUUCAACGAAUCCCGCAAACUCUUUCUCAAGAACAAGAAGUUGAUGUUCUCUGUCUUGGUAUUUUCUCUCUUGCUCAAUGGUUUAGUUUACUUGUUCAACAUCCUUACCAUUACACUCGAGAUAACAAACUUGACUCAACAUUUAAAGUUGUUACCUACGAUGGAUCCAAGCAGUGCGGAAUACAUAGCCCUACUUAUGGAAGUUUUUGCAGAAUUUGGCCUAUUUUUUGUUUCUUCAGACAUCUUUGGCGUUUUCUAUUUCAUCAUCAACCUUUUAUCCGUUCUAGUCAUCGUCCACGCUUCGGCUCUUACUUAUAAUGAUGAGAACGUCAACUUCAAAGAUUUUGUGGUUCUGUCCCUUAAAUCUUGGAAGGGACCUCUAGUGACCUAUUUCUACAUUUGUCUCUUCAGUCUUGGCUAUUGGUUGUUCUUCGUUACAAUACUUUUCCCUCUCCUUUUCUUAAGUACUGCUUCAUUGAUUUCCUUCGCAGCCGUGACCUGCGUUUUGCUUGUUCUGUUCGCAUUGUUUGCGUCCUAUCUAGCUAUCGUCUGGUACCUAUCUCUGGUCGUAUCGGUACUCGACGAAACUUAUGGGAUACAAGCGUUGGGGGAAGCUGUAAAGAUUGCUAAAGGGAUGAAGCCAAAACUAUUCCUCUUGAAUCUUUUCUUCGGUUUAUUGAUCUUCGGUUUAGCUCAGAUCGAGACUCUAGUGAGUCUAGUGAUGUCAACAUUUGUGUUGAUGUUUCUACUUAUGACUUACACCGUUGCAUUUUUUCAAUGUAAGGGCCACCACGGCCAAGACGUUGAGUCGCUGAGGGAUGCUGAAUAUACGACACUACCAACUACUUCGCUUAUGGGAGCAUUGCCUUAAAAACUUUAAAGAGACUGACAUAAUAUGUUAAUAGUCUCGUGAAUGGAUUGCUUGUUUUUUGUUUCGUUUUGUUUUGGGAUUUAGUAAACUACUAGAUUUUGACCCGUGCAACCGCACGGGUGUUUGUUUUCACUUUUCUAUACAUAAAUUAUUGUUUUAGAACAUAAGUUGUAUAUAUUUUUAAUGUUAAUCAUA